UGUCGAGAACGUGGUUCAUUUGUUAAUCAUCAUUAUCAGAUCAAGCAGCUGUAGUCUCCGUUGUGAAAUACGCCAUUCCAAAUUUACAUAGAAAGUGAGCCCAAACGAACCCAAUCAGCCCAGGAAUGUCGCACUUCACAUGCCUGAACUGCGAUGCCCGCUUCGCCAGCGCGGAGGUCCAGCGGGACCACUACAAGACCGACUGGCAUCGCUACAAUCUGAAGCGUAGGGUGGCCCAGCUGCCGCCCGUCACUGCCGAAGAGUUCCAGCAGCGCGUGCUGAGCGCCCGCAGUGCUUCGGAUGCGGCCAUCGAGGAACAGAAUUUAAGUGUCUACUGCCAGGCCUGUCGGCGUCAAUUUGGCGGCCAGAAGGCCCACGAUAAUCACCUGAACAGUCGCAAACACAAGGAACUGUUGGCCCGCUAUGAGCGGGAUCAGAUGACUGCCAGUGGCGGCAGUACCAGCACCGCAGCAUCUGUUUGCACACGUAGCGUCGUGGAGCCACGGCCCCAUCCUGCCCUAGCCGCGGCAGCAGCUGGUAAGGGUCGUCUGGCCUUUGCAGAGCGAGCGGCCAAGGCGGAUGAUGAUGAGGAGAUGGAAGACGAUGAUGACGACUUCGAGGACAUCGAGGAGGAGGAGGUUGACUCCGAUGAGUGGGACAAGAUACCGGAGAACCCUCUGACAGAACGUGACUGCCUGUUCUGUACACAUUCAAGCGAGGAUCUUGUUGAGAAUCUAAAGCACAUGUCCGUGGCGCACUCGUUCUUUAUUCCUGACACCGAAUACUGUACGGACAUCGAGGGUCUGGUCUACUAUCUGGGCGAAAAGGUGGCCAACUACUUCAUAUGCUUGUUUUGCAACGAUCGCGGCAAGACAUUCUACUCCUUGGACGCGGUACGCAAGCACAUGAUCGAUAAGGGUCACUGCCAGAUGCUGCACGAGGGCAUAGCCCUAGCUGAAUAUGCAGAAUACUACGACUACAGUAGCAGUUAUCCGGAUAAUAAAGAGGGCAUGGAUAUUGAUGACGAGGUUGUUCCUGAACUGCUUGAUGGCGACGAGUACCAAUUAGUUCUGCCCUCCGGCGCAGUCAUCGGCCAUCGCUCCCUGCUCCGCUACUACAAGCAGCGUCUACGUCCGGAACGCGCCGUUGUAAUUCAGAAGUCCGACCGCAAAUUGCACCGCGUGCUCAGCGAGUACCGGGCUCUGGGAUGGACGCACACACAACAGCUAUCCGCCGCUCGCAAGGCUCGAGACAUCCAUCUGAUGAAGCGUGUCCAGUCCAAGUGGCAGAUGAAGCUUGGUUGCAAGGCCAACAAGCUGCAGAAGCAUUAUCGUGCCCAAAUUCUGGUCUAAUUAUCGCUGUUCGGUUAUAGUAAUUUUAAUUUACUCCCAUCAUGUACAAUAAAAACGAUUUGAGUUUUGCUUAAAUUAA